AUAGUCUCGAACCAAAGACACCCUUUGCAUAUACCUAGCAUCGACUGGCCUGUCUAAUGUUUUCUUCAAUUUUUGUUUAAUCAGCGAUAACAAGAUAAUAGACAAAUGUCCAUGAAUGAAGUAAUCUGUCUAGGAACUAUUGUUUGGUCAGAUGAUAAAACUAACAAGACCUUUUUAACUUACAGAAACUUCUAGAACUUAAACCUGUGGACUUUUAACUUGUUGAAAUGAUGUUCGCCAGAUAUAUUAACAAGAAGUGAGUUGGGAAAGUGAAAAAGAUGACAUUCAAUUCAAAGUGCCAGUUGCUUGUGCUGGCAGUCCUGCUGCUAACAGAAAUUGGGCCAAGUUUACAGACUCGACUAAGAAAUGAAAACAAGGUGAAAACUGCCAGUUUCCUAUCACCAAAUUUUGUGCUCGAACCUGGAUUAGUUGUUAACAAAUUUUACUACAACAUCGAUUUCCCUAAAGGCCAUAUUGCUAUCAAAAGUUUCGAUGCUGAAGUAGUUGAUGAGUCAAGGAAUCCGGUCCCCCUUCACGAAACAUAUCUCCACCAUUGGCUUGUUGUAAGAUACUAUCAACGAAAAGGUUUGGAGAUGUCAAAGUACCCAAGCGAUCUGGGGUUUGACCAAUCGGAUUUUAUUGUAGUGAGGAACUCAGGACUAUGUGAGAGGGAUCUUUCUCAAUAUUUUGGCCUUGGGUCUGAAACUCGUAAAACAGUAACAUAUGUUCCAGACCCUUAUGGGAUAGAAGUUGGUAAUCCAGUAGAAGUACCUCCUGGAUAUGAAGAGAGAUGGUUGCUUAACAUACAUGCAAUUGAGACCCGAGGCUCCGAAGAUAGGUUGGGAUGCACAGAAUGCAGAUGUGAUCUUUAUAAUGUUACAAAGGAUGAGUAUGACCGAGAUAUAGAACCGAAUUACAUUGGAGGCAUGAGAUGUUGUCAUGAUGAAACAAGAUGCAGAACAAGAGAAGGGCUUCAGGGUCCAAAAAGAAGUUUGUACCUGAAGUACACAAUCAAAUAUGUUGAUUGGCAUGCUUUCAUUAUCCCUGUUAAUAUCUAUAUACUUGAUGUCACUGAUACAUGGAAAAAGCGGGAAUCAACAGGACCUAUUUCAAGACAUCACUGUCAGAUUGAAUAUGAAGUCGAGUCAUGUUCUGCUGCUGUUGCUAAUAGUGGAUGCAUCCAUACAAAAAAAGUAAGUGUAACUUUGCCUAAUGGUGGAGAUGUUAUUUAUGGAGUUGCUCACCAGCAUGCAGGUGGGGCUGGUUCGACCCUCCUUGGAGAGGAUGAACGGGUUAUAUGCUCAUCACUUCCAAUCUAUGGAAAAGGAAACGAACCAGGAAAUGAAGCCGGUUAUAUUGUUGGGAUGUCCACUUGUUAUCCUACACCUGGCUCUGUCAAGAUAUCCAAGGGAGAGACUCUGACUUUACUAUCAAACUAUAGCAGUGAUCAAAGGCGUGCAGGAGUUAUGGGCCUCUUCUAUAUAUUGGUUGCUGAACCGUUACCAAAACCAAGCUCUAUCCUGCAUUCUAGAGACAACGUCGGUGAUAUUGUAAUAUUACAUAAUGCUUGGGCCGUAGCAGUGUUUGGAAUUGCAGCACUUGUUGCUGCAAUUGUAACUUAUCAACGUCAGAGCGAAGAGAAGAAGGGUAUGAAUCUAUCCUCUAAUGUGAGGUUCUAGUUUCAGCUGAUCGCUGGUGACCGGUAUAGAUUAUUAUGUAAGCUGUUUCAACUCUAGUUGGAUGCAAAGUUUUUAGGCAGUUCAACUGAAGGUGUUUUAAGUCUAUGGUGUGCUUUGGUAUGUGUCUUAGUUUCGUAGCUACAUGUAACAUAUGGUAUAUAUCUACAUAUUGGAUACCGUUUGUUUAAGGAAUAA